CCGAGAGCCCAGCCGGUGCCAUACAGAGAGAGAAGAUGUUGCAGCCCAGAUUAUUAACACCUUUCCGGGUGUUCGAGCGAGCAAUUGCACCCUCACUCCGCUCCGCGCAGAAUCUCUACCAGUCUCGCCCUCUCCUGCCACGAGCCCUUCCUACGCCCUCGAAACCGACACCCUCGUUCUCUCUGCUCCCCUUCGCGCAGGUCCGUCACGCCUCGCACGCUACACAGGGUGCUGCCAAUCGUCACUCCCGUGAUCCGGCCGGAAAACGCCUCGGCGCCAAACGAACCGGCGGAGAAUAUGUAGUGCCCGGCUGCAUUAUCUUUCGCCAGAGGGGAACGAAGUGGUUUCCCGGGGAGAACUGCGGUAUGGGCCGUGACCACACCAUCUACGCCACCCACGCAGGGUAUGUGCAGUACUAUCUCGACCCGGAACGGCAUCCAGACCGGAGAUACAUCGGCGUGUGCUUCGAGAAGGAAGGCAAACUGCCCAAUCCGCGCAACGCUCCGACGAAGCGCAAGCUGAACAUGGUCGCUAUCCCCCGCGUGGUGGAGGAAAAUACCACUGUCGCCGUCGUCGGCGAGGAGGAGGCAGCUACCGGCCCGCAAAUGCGUCCGGGAUACAUGUUCCGUGAGGCCAACUGGGUGAUCGGUCGGGCGGCCGAGGAGGCCGGUGUCACCGCCAAACCGUUUGACCGCACGAAUCGCUGGCUGGCCUGGAGGAAGAGGCAAGCCCGUGUCAAGCGGUCGGCCCAGAUGAAGAGUUUCAAGAACAACAGCAAGAAGGGUGGAAAGAAGUCCGGCGGCGGUCGCUAGUUCAUGGCAUUAUACGAACGAGUCUGUUUGUGAAGCGAUGCGAGG